UAUAAGAGUUACUUCCCUUACAAGUAAUCUCCUCGACUCCAACUAAAAAUAUGGCUUCGUUUCGAAACUUUAACCGAGCAGUUUCUGCUCUUCGAUCAGUUUCUUCGGUCAACCAAAUAAGAAAAAUAUAUAUUGGACGUCCAUUAGCUGCAUACUGGAACCAUGAUUGGCAACCCGAAAAGUUUCCUGAAACUCCAGAAGAAAGAGCAAGAGCAGCCAAAAAAUAUGGUCUUCGACUUGAAGAUUAUGAACCUUAUCCAAACGAUGGUACUGGCCUAGGAGACUAUCCUAAGCUCCCUCCUGUUUCAGCUGAGGGUAGAGAUCCAUAUGUGAAUUGGGAUAUGCCUGAACUGAAGAGAAAUUUCGGUGAACCAAUGCAUGCAGAAUCUAACUGGUUGACUGAAGAUAGGAUGAGCCCUGAUGUUAUUAAUAAUCUACGUUACUCUCUAAAAAAGCAAGCACUGGUAUUUUUUGGAAUACUAGGAGGUGUAGCAUUAACAGCUUACUUGACAUCUUCAGUUGUUUUACAUCCAGCUGUUAUGCCUAAACAAUUUCCUUUCAACAAUCUCCAUACAGAAAGAGGUGGUGAUCCAGCUGAUGUAAAACCUGUUGUAAACUACACAUUUGAGUCUGUGGAGUGAACAUCUACAAUAUUUCAGCAACAGAACAGAUGUGAUGGUUUUAGAUAAUAAAUUAAAAUAGGGAAUAUGUAUAUUAUAUAUAUA